AUGUUACAAAUCGAUGUUACAAAUCGAUGUUACAAAUCCUUUUCGUGCCAUUACCAUAUCGUUCCAACUUUUCUUUUUUUCUUUUUCUUGUUACAGACUUUAAAUUGUGCUUUUUUCUCAUUUUUCUAUCUCACGUUCCCACACACACACUCUCUCUCUCUCUCUCUCUCUCUCUCUCUCUCUCUCUCUCUCUCUCUCUCUCUCUCUCUCUCUCUCUGUGUAUCUAUCUAUCUAUCUAUAAGCCCUUUCAUAUAUAUCUAUCUAUCUAUCAAUUUUUCUAUCAGUCUUUUUAUACCUAUCUAUCUAUUACUGCUUUCAUAUCUAUCACUGUUUUCAUAUCAAUGUUUUCAUAUCUAUCUAUCAAUUUUUUCUAUCACUAUUUUCAUAUCUAUCUAUCUAAUUUAUCACUCAUUUCAUAUCAAUUCAUCUAUCACUUUUUCAUGUCUUUUCAUUUAUCUAUCUAUCUAUUACUCAUUUCAUAUCAAUUUAUCACUCUUUUCAUGUCUUUUUAUCUAUCUAUCUCUCUCUCUCUAUCUAUCUAUCUAUCUAUCUAUCUAUCUAUCUAAUCUAUCUGUUUCUAAUUUUCUUCGGCUUCAGAGCCGACAGUGUUGUCAUUUCCCACAUUUGGCAAUCUCUCUUUUUUAUCGAUUACGGUUAUGUUUCGUCAUCUGCUUUGAAUAG